GGUUCCCGGCUGCAGUUUCCGGUUGUUGUACAGCCGCUGGUGAGCUGCGGGUCUGACAGUGGGAACAGUGAAGGAGGGUUAGGGAUCGAACGCUACCCUGAGGCCAGCCCAGCGGGAUGGCGGACCGCGCCCCGCUGCUAGAGUAUGAGGAAGGUCCUGCUGUCACAUUCCCUCCCUGGGAUGGCUCCAGCCUGGUUCCCGGGAACGGAGCCGGUUUAGCGCCUGGACCGCACAGCUUGUCCGGUGGAGCUGCCGAGAGCUGGAGCCCGGGAUCGGAACGAGAGGCGGCCGCCGCUCCUGGAGCUCAGCAGCAGGAAGAGGAGGAACAGGUGGUGGCGGUAUUUGUGGUGACUUUCGACACCAGAGCAGGUAACAUUAUUGAAUGGUGUCUGCCACACGAAGUGGAUUUAGAAGGCGUGGAAUUUAAAUCCAUGGCCAGUGGAUCUCACAGAAUAAACUCUGAUUUUGUCUACUUUCGGAAAGGUAACUACUUUGGCAUGGCAUGCUUUGCCAAUAUGCCUGUGGAGAGUGAACUGGAACGAGGCGCUCGAAUGAAGUCUGUUGGAAUUCUGUCCCCAUCGUAUACACUUCUGUACAGAUACAUGCAUUUUCUGGAGAAUCAGGUCAGACAUCAACUUGAAAUCCCUGGACAUUAUGCACAAUUAGAAGCCUUUUAUGAAGACAAGAAAGGUGUUUUACCUGCAGGGAUGAACAAAGGAAUUCCUACAUCCUUUCAGCCCCUUCACUGGCUGCCAUCUGUUAACAAAUACAUGUAUCCAGAGAUGAAGAUUACUCAUCCUGCAGGAUGCAUGUCACAGUUCAUCAAGUUUUUCGGGGAGCAGAUAAUGGUUCUUUGGAAGUUUGCACUUUUAAGAAAGCGGAUUUUGAUUUUCUCACCCCCUCCAGUUGGAGUGGUCUGCUAUAGAGUUUAUUGUUGUUGCUGCCUGGCAAAUGUUUCACUGCCUGGGAUUGGAGGAGUCCCUGAAUCCAAGCCUUACUUUUAUGUCAGCGUAGCAGAUAUAGAAACCCUGGAGACUGAGGUGUCUUAUGUGGCCUGCACAACAGAAAAGAUAUUUGAGGAAAAGAAAGAUUUGUAUGAUGUUUAUGUUGAUAACCAAAAUGUUAAAACAGACCGUGAGCACCUGCAGCAACUACUGAAAGUAAACAGUGCAGAUAAGGAUAAGUAUCGCAAACUGAAUGAUCAGAGGCUGAAUUAUGAAUGCAAGUCUACUUACACUUACUGGAUGCAAAUCUUUCCAACAGACAAAUGCUACUUUAUUCUCAGGAGGUGGGGGGAGACUGCAGCUCCAGUGAAGAAGACCUGUUCAUUAUGUUUUUCAUGGAACAGAACAAUCGCAUCUUCCAGAUGUUGUUGGAAGUUUCAGCGUGCCAAGAUAAAACACUGACAGCUGAUCAUGUAAGGAGUAUGGGACUAGAUCCCCAGGGGGAUCGUAUCUUCCUAAUGGACUUGCUUGAAGUUUAUGGGAUUGAUGUGAUGUUGGUCAUCGACAACCCCUGUUGUCCGUGAUCCAAGAACUACAACUGCUAUAUGAACUGGGCAGGACCAAGACAGGAGGAAUGAAUGGUUUGCAUAGGGUUUAAAAGAAAAUGAAUAGAAACCAAGUGCACUUGUAUCAUGGCAUGCUACAAUUUCUUGACUUGUGCCCAGGUCAGUUCAUGGGUCACUUGUUUUCCUGCCUCUUCAGUUAUGUGUAUAUUUAAAGAUUUUGGAGAAUUAACCCAAUGGGAGAAAUCAAAGACGGUUUCACUGAAAGAAACACUAAUUUGAAGGAUUUUUUAUUUGUGUUUUUGAUUUUUGCCUUCUGAUAUUUUUUUGCCAUUUGUGAAGGUGUUGUAUAACUAGCAGCUGUGAAUUAGUACAUACACAUGCAUGUAUGCAUUAAUGUGAAUACAUUUCUAGUACAUCAGAGACUCCAUACUACUCCACUGUGAACAGUAGAGAGCCUUCUCUAUAUAUUUUUCAACAAAGACUGGAUUCUACUUUUCAGACACUUCUCCGUUUGAUUUCAUGAGCCCCUCUCUUUAACGCCUCUCUUAAUUUAUUUUUUUGGCAAUGGCCCACUCCUUUUUAAACUUUUAUUGAUAAGUUUGCCCUUGGAUUUAUUUUCUUGAACUGCAAUUAUACUAUACCAUCAAACAGAAAAUUGUCCCUCAGCACAACUUCUAAGACUAAUGAUUAGCCUGUUGCAGAUGCCUUUGUGAUAUUCCACAUUGAGAACAAGUUUCACUACCUUACUACAUAUCCCAUUAAAAUUUGCUAUUAGCAUUUGAUUGGAGCCUCAGUAUUUCAGAUGUAAGGAAUAAAAGGCAUUUGCUAAUCCAGAAAAGUGUUCUCUGGUGACAGAAACUUCAGGGGGAAGUUUCAAAGUGGGCGCACUUCUGAUUGGCGCCCCCAGUCGGUGGGUGGGCCAAUUAAGACACUGUCACAUGAGUUAGGACAUGCCCAUAACUUUUAAACACAUUUUAAUUACAUUUUUUUCAAACCUACAUGAAACCUCAU